AUGAGGUUAAAGUCACUGCAAAUAACUACAGCAGCAGCAACAAAUCAAAGGCUUAAAACAUGUGUUGGCAACAUGUUUAUGCUCUGUUUGUUAAGUACCCAGGUUUGGUCGUAUGCCAACAUUAAGCAACGCCGGUUUGUUAGACAACUGAAUGCUGAAACGUUAGCUAAUUACGAGGACAGCUCAAUGACAUACUCACAUCAACAACCACAUUUCACUGGGAAUCGUGCAGUUAUUGUGCAAUUAUUCGAAUGGAAAUUUUUAGAUGUAGCAGCAGAGUGUCGCAACUUUCUGGGACCGCAAGGCUAUGCCGGAGUGCAACUUUCCCCUGUCUUGGAGCAUACGGUGGUGAAAACGAGCACACUAAAUCAUCCUUGGUGGGAACGCUAUGAGGUGAUCUCCUAUCGUUUGGCCUCACGCUCGGGCGAUGAGACAGAAUUCUGGUCGAUGAGUCGCAUUUGCAAUGACCAUGGUGUGCGCAUUUAUGCUGAUGUGGUGCUCAACCACAUGGCUGCUCCUUUGCACUUUAUUGCUGAGGACAAUGAAUCAGCAGACAAUAAAGAUUUCAUUGUCAACACGUUGCUCGAAACGAAUGUCAACAUAUCACAUUUAAAUUACUCUAAUGUUUCGUAUACACAAGUGGACUUUCACCGGUCAUCGUGUGCGGUAUUGGCCAAUGCACAGGAUGCUCAUGAAAUACGUAAUUGUCAGUUGAAUGGACAUCCUGAUUUAGAUCAUUCACGUGCUGCUGUACAAAAGCACAUUGUGCAGAUGUUAAAUAAAUUUAUUGAUAUGGGUGUAGCCGGUUUCCGCAUUGAUACGGCCAAAUAUAUUUGGCCAAUUGAUUUAAAGAACAUUCUCAAACAAGUGAAAAAUUUAAGCACAGAAUUCAAUUUUAUGAAAAAUUCCAGACCUUUUGUUUAUCAUGAUGUUUUCGAUUUGGGUUUGGAUACGGUAUCCAAAACUGAAUACUCGACCUAUGGUGUGGUGUCUGAGUACCUGUAUGCAGCUGAAUUAGCCACCAUUUUUAAUAGAAAAGUUUCUCUAAGCUCUCUCAUCAAUUGGGGUCCUGCUUUGGGUUUCUUGCCUCAUGAAGAUUCUUUGGUUUUCAUAGAUUCCCAUGACACUCAAAGAGGUCUGCCCAAGCAAUUGGGCAAUAACCAUUUGCUGACCUAUAAACAGCGCUUUAAAUAUAUAAUGGCCAAUGUUUUCAUGUUGAUACAUCCUUAUGGGGCCAUUAAAAGGAUUAUGAGCUCGUAUUACUUCCCUGAUACAGAUAUAAAUCAAGGACCUCCUGUGGAAGAUGAGGAAGAAGGUGCAGAGAUACAUUCUCCCAAGUUUAAUAGCCAACAGCAGUGUACAAAAGAGUCUGGUUGGGUGUGUGAACAUAGAUGGCCGGUACUCGUAAAUAUGCUUAAAGUUGCCAACUAUUUUAAAGCGUCCGGCCAGGAAGAGCGUAGCAUAAUAUAUUUUCAAAGUAAUGGUGCCAAUCAAGUGGCAUUUUGUCGUGGCUAUAAGGCUUUUGUGGCUAUAAAUAAUGAUGCUGAAAUGGAUUUUCAGAAGGAGGUUUAUGCCUGCUUAGAGCCAGGUACAUACUGUGAUAUGGUAACAGGUGGCAAGAAGGAGGGAGAGGAGAAGUGUCAGGGCAAAAUGUUGGUAAUAAAUGAACAGAGAUAUACCAAACUGCAGUUGGCUGUGUCAGAUGAUGGUAAUGGAGGAGAUUAUGAGCAGGAAAAUGAAGUCGAAGAAGAAGAUAAUGAAGAGGAGUCUGGUAGAAUUGAAAGCUAUGGCAUUUUAGUGAUUUAUGUGGAAUCGAAAAUAAAGCCAAAGGAGGAAUUAAAAGCAAAUGGCAAAGGAGAAGGUGACAAAGAGUUAAAAGCGGAAGCUGGUAAGGAAGAAGCAACUGAAUUAGAGGAAACUGGAGAUGAUAACGAUACUGAAGAUACUGAUGAUCAAAAAGAUGACGAUGAUGAUAAUGAUACUGACGAUACUGCUGAUCAAACUGAGGAAGAUAUUGAUAAUCCAAAGGAAGGUGAAGACGAAGAGAUCAAUACUGGUGCUGAACAGCCAGAAGCAGUUGACAUUGAAACAUUGAAAGAAGAAGUUGAUGGAAAUGGAAAUCUGCCGGAUGUAAACGAAGAAAGUGAUGCAGAAAUGGCUGAUAAUGAGGCUAAUGAUAUCGAAGAUGAUGGUCAAGAAGCUGGAAAGCCAGAUGAAACUAUUGCAACUCCUAAUGAAGGUCAAGAGGAACAAGAAGAAACUAAUGAUGAGCCGAUGAAAGAAGGAGAAGAGGGUGGCACUGAAGAUCAUGGCCAAGAAGGAGAAACUAAUGCUGAAGAGGAAGAUAAAGAGAAGGCUUCAGCUGAAAAUGAAAUUGACAAAGAAGGUAACUCAAAUAACAAAGAAGGCGAAGAUGAGGGGAAGAGUGAAGAAAAUGUAGAAGGAGAAACUGAUCCAAAAGGCGACGAAGCAGAUGAAAUUGAUGGUCCAACAAAGGAAGAUGAUGAACCGGAAGGUAUUGAAAAUGAGCAACCCGCAGAACAACAAAGUGAAGAAAAGGCUGAUGAGAAGAAUAAAGUAAAUGAAGAAGAAAAUGACGAUGAAACAGAGCCUAAGGAACCCCAACAAGAGCCCCUGGCAAAUGAAAAUUCCUUAGAGAUUAUUGCAGCAGAAGCAUCAGUAGAACAACAAGCUGAAAACGUGGCAGCUGAACCGGAAAUAGAAGUUGUAACAGCUGAAGACAACACCGAACACAAUCAGUCUAGGAAUAUAGAUGAAAAAAAUACCGAUGCCGAAGAACAAGUUGAAAAACCCACAGCCGAAAUUGUUAACGAUAUCAGUGAAACCACAGAUGCAGUUACAGCUAAAGUAAAGGAUAUACAGACAGCUGGCAUUUUCUCAAAACCAAAAGGAGAUGAACAGUAUAGAACAGGAACUGAAUUAGAAGAAAGUGUAGACGAUAAUGAUACUGAAAACAGUGAUGAUAAAACUGACGAAGAAAAAGAAGUCAAGACUAGUGUUGAACAAAUAGAAGCAGACAAUUAA